AAAAUGUUGGUGAAGCUACACAGUACAAUUGUUAUAGUGUUUUGUUUUUCUCAAUUGAAAUGGACAACGGGGUUUGGACUGGGCCCUUGCCCCAAAAUUGAAAACACUAGGACUAUUAAUACAACAAAAUUGACCGGUCACUGGUUUGAAAUAGAGAGAUCCUUUUAUUUAAUGGAAUUAAUUAGCACUUGCGUAACUUUGGACUUAAACGAAAACGCAAGAGGUCGUUUCGAUGUUAGUGUUAAUACCAGAAGUGCCUGGACUGGUAUUUUUUCUAUUAGCGAAGGAAUCGCCAUUCCUACGAAAGUAGAUCCCACGUUGUACUUGUAUAAAGUAAACAGCAGAUUACCAAGACUGAUUAAUAGAUAUCUACCAGGAACAGGUUUCUAUAAAGUACUAAAAACUGAUUACAACAAUUAUCUGGUUGUUUAUUCUUGUACCAAUUAUCAAAUUAUUCAUUUAGAUAUGAUAUGGAUAUGGGGCAGAAAAAAUGAAAUAGAUGCAGAACUGAGAUCAGAUCUAUACGCUCUAUUGAAUAAAUAUGAUAUUGAUACUGAAAGACUCAUACUUUCGAAAAGUAACAAUUGCACUGAUGAAUAUUACGACGAUCUGGAUUAUUACUAUUAAUUUAAUUAUUCAUAUCAAUUUUAAUGUGAAAUAAUACUUUUAAUAAACGUUAAUGUUCUUAUUAA